AUGUUCGGCGCCAGCGAUGGCGGCUGUGUCUGCCGACUAAUGCUUGGUUCGUGCGCACCAAAAAGUUCGGCGGCUGCUAUGGCGGCUGUGUCUGCCGACAAAGCUUGGUUCUCCCGCUUUCCAUCACCCCGCCCCAUUCUCCCGCUUUCCAUCACCCCGCCCCAUUCUCCUGCUUUCCAUCACCCCGCCCCAUUCUUCCGCUUUCCAUCACCCCUCCCCAUUCUCCCGCUUUCCAUCACCCCGCCCCAUUCUCCCGCUUUCCAUCACCCCGCCCCAUUCUCCCGCUUUCCAUCACCCCGCCCCAUUCUCCCGCCUUCCAUCACCCCGCACCAUAAUCCCUCCUUCCAUCACCCCGCCCCAUUCUCCCUCCUUCCAUCACCCCACCCCAUUCUCCCGCUUUCCAUCACCCUGCCCCCAUCUCCCGCUUUCCAUCACCCCGCCCCAUUCUCCCGCUUUCCAUCACCCCGCCCCGUUCUCCCGCUUUCCAUCACCCCGCCCCAUUCUCCCGCUUUCCAUCACCCCGCCCCAUUCUCCCUCCUUGCAUCACCCCGCCCCAUUCUCCCUCCUUCCAUGACCCCGCCCCAUUCUCCUGCUCUCCAUCACACCGCCCCAUUCUCCCUCCUUCCAUCACCCCGCCCCAUUCUCCCUCCUUCCAUCACCCCGCCCCAUUCUCUCGCUUUCUAUCACCCCGCCCCAUUCUCCCGCUUUCCAUCACCCCGCCCCAUUCUCCCGCUUUCCAUCACCCCGCCCCAUUCUCCCGCUUUCCAUCAUCCCGCCCCAUUCUCCCGCUUUCCAUCACCCCGCCCCAUUCUCACGCUUUCCAUCACCCCGCCCCAUUCUCCCGCUUUCCAUCACCCCGCCCCAUUCUUCCGCUUUCCAUCACCCCUCCCCAUUCUCCCGCUUUCCAUCACCCCGCCCCAUUCUUCCGCUUUCCAUCACCCCGCCCCAUUCUCCCGCCUUCCAUCACCCCGCCCCAUUCUCCCGCCUUCCAUCACCCCGCCCCAUUCUCCCUCCUUCCAUCACCCCGCCCCAUUCUCCCGCUUUCCAUCACCCUGCCCCCAUCUCCCGCUUUCCAUCACCCCGCCCCAUUCUUCCGCUUUCCAUCACCCCGCCCCGUUCUCCCGCUUUCCAUCACCCCGCCCCAUUCUCCCGCUUUCCAUCACCCCGCCCCAUUCUCCCUCCUUGCAUCACCCCGCCCCAUUCUCCCUCCUUCCAUGA